AUGGUGACCUUCUCACGAGAGACCACUGGCGCCGAAGUGGUCGAGACGUGGAAAGAGUACAUCGCUGGCAAGACAGUCGUCAUCACCGGAGCCAGCGCCGGCGGUCUUGGGUCCCAAACAGCUCUUGACAUUGCCGCCGCAAAGCCAGCGACCCUCGUCCUCCUCGCGCGCCAGGCCUCCAAAGUGCAACCCGUGAUCGACCGGAUCGCCGAGCUCAGUCCCUCGACCAAAGUUGCCUUCGUGCCAAUCUUCCUCGACGACCUCGAGUCGGUCCGCAGCGCGGCGGCCGAGGUGGGCCGGCAUGUCCAGAAGAUCGAUGUGCUGAUCAACAACGCCGGAAUCAUGGCUGUGCCAUACUCCAAGACCGAGAUUGGCGUGGAAUCGCAGUUCGCCACCAAUCAUCUCGGACACUUUGUGUUCACGCAGCGACUAUUUCCGUUGAUCAAGGCCGCCGGCAAGACUGCGCGCGUCGUCAACCUGACAUCGAACGGCUACCUGGUCUGCCCGUUCCGAGCAGACGACAUCAACUUCGACGACGGCAAGACCUACGAUCCUUUGUCUGGCUACGGCCAGUCCAAGACAGCCAACAUCCUCUUCACCAAGGGCCUGGCCAAGCGCGGCGUCACCUCGUUCGCCGUCCACCCGGGCGUCAUCUUUGAGACCCAUCUCGGGGACGGGCUUGACUUGAGCAUCUUCGGCACCAUCAAUGAAGUCACGGAACGAAACACGGGAAGGAAAUUCGGCCAAAUGGACCAGCCCAAGAGUUUGGAGCAGGGGUCGGCCACCACCCUCGUCGCGGCGUUUGACCCGACCAUCAGAGACGCGAGUGGUGGGUAUCUGAAGGACUGUCAUCUCACAGAGGUGGUUGAGCAUGCACAGGACCAAAGUAGCGUCGAGAAGCUGUGGGAGUUGAGCGAGAGCUUGGUGGGCGAGAAAUUUGUCAUCUGA